AUCAGAAGACCACUAAAAAGUUGUUUCGUAUCGUUGUGUCCAACUUCAUCUUCGGCUAUACCUAUGUGUCAUUUUGUCCCCAUUCCAUUCGUUUUUCUUUCGUUUAUGGAGUCUGACACGUGGGUCUCGGGUAGCAUAAUGUCCUUCUUGCCCUUCCAGUCACGGGAGAUAGAGGAGCGAGAGCUUCUUGACCAAUGUCGACCGUUCCCCACUCUCACUCUCUCCUCUCUCGAAACCCUGAGCUCGAAACCCUAACGGCGGUGUCGGCGGAUUCGGUAGUGUCGGCGGUCGGACUAGAAGCAUCUUCUCUCUCAAACUGUAGGGGGCAUGGAGGUUGAGAAGGCCAAGUGCGAGUGUUGUGGGUUCACGGAAGAGUGCACGCCGACGUACAUCGUGGCGGUGCACGCCGAGUACUUGGGCCGUUGGGUCUGCGGGCUCUGCGCCGAGGCGGUGGGCGACGAGAUCCGGCGCGAGGGCAACGUCAUCACCACGGCCAAGGCGCUCGACCGCCACGUCGCGUUCGCGCACGCCGCGCCGUCAUACAGGAUGGCGUCCGCCGCCGAGGACAACCUCGUGGCGGCUGUGGCGCGGCUGCUCCGCCGCUGCCUCGUCGACUCGCCGCCCGCGUCAGCGCCUGCGAGCCGGAAGGUGGCCGCAGGCCCCGGGUGCCAUGAUGGAGCCGACGAAUGAAGCGAGCGAGCCUGCACCUGCAGCUUGCUUGGUGGCAAACUGGCAAUGAUUGGGGUCACU